AUGUUGGACGAAAACCUACCAGCCUUUUUCUAUCGAAACUCGCCCGACGGCAUAGCACAUCACAAAGGGAUCUUCUUCUCUAUUCGCGGGUCCGAUCCAAGCCCCGCAUACAGCUUGAGGCACGGCGACCCCGCCACCUCGCGCAAUUGUUAUGCUGCCGGUCUGUUCGACUGUUACAAUCCCGAAGUCUUAUACGGAGAAGUCCUGAUCAAGCCGGAAUGGACUCACCCCUCGUUGUCGCAGGAGGAAAUUCGACUUAAUGGUGGUGUGCCACCUCCGCCAAUGCCCAUUCUGCCUACUCAGUUCACUGUGCAGUUGUACAAUCCUGACCUACAAGUGACAGUGACACAGAAACCUGGGAGCUGGGGAGGUAGUGCAUCGUAUGAGUUCAGCUUGCCUCAGCUCGUCUUCCGCACACCAUCGGCUUCGACUCUGGAUCGGACUCAAGAUGAUCCUGGCGCGUCGUCGGUCACGCCCAAACUCAACUUUGUAUGGCGCAAGGAAAGCAAGCUCUCCAAGGACCUAACAGCCUACAUGACUGGCAAGUCUACUGAUGAGGUUGUCAAGAAGAAGCACAGAGAUCCAGACAUCAUCGUUGGUCUGUUCCGCGCUCUACGCGAGUUGACCGUGUACGAACCGAACCUCUAUCGUGUCGAGCUGGAGGAUCCCAAAGGUCUUGAGCUGGUCUUGCUAUUGUCUGCCGCUGUCAUCAAGGACCUUUACUUCUCCAGUGACGUCAACCAAAUCUUCAAUGUCUACGAUCCUUGUCGUCUUGCCUCGCUGCCCGCUGCUGCCUCGCCUUCUCCUCUAGCCGCUAACGCCGACCGACGCAAGUCCCUGCCUCGCCUACGAACCAGCCCGCCUGUAGCUCNNCCCCCCUCUCAGCGUCCUCCACUCGCAGGCGUUGGUACCGCUUCCGCUCCUGAUCCUCGAACACAAUGGGAGCUCGAUGCUGAAACCGCUCGCUUGCGUGCCCAAGUCGAGGCUGAAGAAAGAGAAUUGAAAAGGCAAGAAGCCGCUCGCCGUCGGGAAAGAGAAAAGGCGGACGAAGCAGAGACUCGACGUUUACGCAAGAUGGUGGAGGAAGAAGAGCGCGAGGCACGUCGUCGGCAAGAAGAGGUUGAUCGUGAGACAGAAAGACUACGGAAACAAUACCGUCUAAAGCCACCUUCGCCUGUUAGUAACCAACAUAGACACUCUGCGCCUUCGUUGCCUAUUCAUCAGCAGCAACAAGCUGGACCUUCGCGCCCUGUGCCUGUGGCACCCAACUAUGGCAGCAAUGGGAUGAUCAUGAGUGGAGGCAAUCCGCAUGUACCUCCUGCCGCUGGACCGACGAAGAUGAAGAAGAAGAGCUUUUGGGGAUUGCGGAGCAACAGCGAUCAAAGCAAUGCCAGCAAUGGUAAACUCAGUAAGAAGAGCAGUGCCGUCUGGUGA